UUAGAAUGGAUCUAGUAAGAAAGAGAGUCCAUACAUUCGUGCGAGUCAAGCCAACGGCUGAUUUUGCUCAAGAUAUGGUCAAGUUUGGGCCAGACAACAAGAGGAUAGAAAUAUGCCUCAAAAAAGAUGCCAAAAAAGAAGCUAUGAAUAGCAGGCAGACCAGCUGGUCCUUUAAGAUGGAUGGCGUCCUUCACAACACAUCCCAGGAACAGGUUUAUGAGACAGUGGCAAAGAAAUUGGUGUCCGAAGCUCUAAUUGGCUAUAAUGGCACGAUAAUGUGCUAUGGGCAAACGGGGGCUGGUAAAACUUACACCAUGAUGGGAACAACCGCCGAUUACAAGCAUCGAGGAAUCAUACCACGAGCUAUACAGCAGGUCUUCAAAGCAACUGCACAAUCCAUUGAUCCACUCAUCACUAUCCGAAUAUCCUAUCUGGAAAUCUACAAUGAGACCCUGUUUGACCUUCUGUCCACCGUGACAAGCGAUGGGAGCAGUGCCAUGCAGAUGACUAUUGUGGAUUGCCCAGAAGGGGUUUAUGUGAAGGGCUUGUCUAUACAUACAGUUAGCUUCGAGGAAGAUGCUCUAAGUCUCCUUUUUGAGGGUGAGAGCAAAAGGGUGAUAGCAGAGCAUGCACUGAACAAGCAUUCGUCCAGAUCCCAUUGCAUCUUUACUAUUUACAUCGAGUCUCGUUUCAGAUUUUUCUCAGAUGUCAAAUGCGUUAACUCUAAAAUCAACUUAAUAGAUCUGGCAGGCUCAGAGAGACUGAGCAAGUCUGGAUCUGAAGGACAGCUUCUGAAGGAAGCCACGUAUAUCAACAAGUCUCUGUCAUUCCUGGAGCAAGUCGUCACUGCCCUGGCUGAUCCUAAGAGGGACCACAUCUCCUUUCGGCAAAGCAAGCUCACUUACGUCCUCAAGGACUCACUGGGUAAGAGCUGUGCAUCACAGCAGCCCCUGACAGUUCCUAGUUCUAAAGUCAUAACAUAG